CCUUUAGCGCCCCGUAGAAAGUCCCCCACAAUGCUCCGCGGCGGGAAGGUGACAGCGGACAGCCAACAUGGCGGCGUACCUCACCCACCAGCAGAAGGUCCUGCGGCUCUACAAGAAGUCACUCAGACACCUGGAAUCAUGGUGCAUAUUCAGGGAUAAGUACAGGUUCUACGCUUGUCUGCUGCGGCAGCGGUUCGACGAUGGCGUGGGGGAGAAGGACAUGGUGAAGGCCACCCGCAUGCUGAAGGCCGGAGAGGAGGAGCUCUGGACCAAUCAGCACCCUCAGCCCUACAUCUUCCCCGACUCCCCGGGCGGGACGUCCUACGAGAGAUACGAGUGCUACAAGGCCCCGGAGUGGCUGCUGGACCACUGGCACCCGUCUGAGAAGAGCCAGUACCCGGACUACUUCAGCAAGAGAGAGACCUGGAAGAAACUCAGAGAGCAGAGCUGGGACCGAGAGGUGGCCCAGCUCCAGGCCGAGACGCCGGCCGGCGGGCCCCUCAGCGAGGCCCUCCCCCCGGCCCGCCAGGAGGGACACCUGCCCCCCAUGUGGUGGCAGUACGUCACCCGGCCCCGCGAGCGCCCCACCUAGAGCUCCACCCCUCUCCUCCACCCUCCCUCCAGGCAGCAGCUGUCCGGGCGUCCUGUGGGGUCCGACCCGUUACCCUAUAAAUAUAAUAUUAAUAAACCUGUUGAUGAUGA